GGUGGGUUUUCCCCCCCUGCAAUUCUGCUUUUAAUUUUAGUUUUAUUCUUUAUGCUGCUGUAACAUAACAAUUUCCCUUGCGGGAUAAAUAAAGUCUAUCUAUCUAUCUAUAUAUCUAUCUAUCUGUCUACGGUGGGGGGAGUCGGUAGCUGGGAUGGGUAGGUUAGGGUCGGAUAAGUAGGUAGGUGGUAUGGGUAGGUAGGGUGGGUCGGUAUAGUGUGAUACGUAGGUAGCUGGGAAAUGUAAGUAGCAGGAAUGGGUAGGUUAGGGUUGGAUAAGUUAGAAUGUGGAAUGGGUAUAUAGGGUGGGUAUGGUGGGAUAGGUAGGUAGUUGGGAUGGGUAGGUUAGGGUUGGAUGAGUAGGUAGCUGGGAUGGGUAGAUAGGAUGUGUAUGGUGGGAUAGGUAGGUAGCAGGGAUGGGUCAGUAGGGUAGGGUGGGUAUGGUGGGAUAUGUAGGUAGGUGGGAUGGGUAGGUUAGGGUUGGAUGAGUAGGUAGCUGGGAUGGGUAGUUAGGGUGGGAUAUGUAGGUAGGUGGGAUAGGUAGGUUAGGGUUGGAUGAGUUGGUAUGUGGAAUGGGUAGAUAGGAUGGGUAUGGUGGGAUAGGUAGGUAGCUGGGAUGGGUAGGUUAGGGUUGGAUAAGUUAGAAUGUGGAAUGGGUAUAUAGGGUGGGUAUGGUGGGAUAGGUAGGUAGUUGGGAUGGGUAGGUUAGGGUUGGAUGAGUAGGUAGCUGGGAUGGGUAGGUAGGGUGGGUAUGGUGGGAUAUGUAGGUAGCAGGGAUGGGUCAGUAGGGUAGGAUGGGUAUGGUGGGAUAUGUAGGUAGCUGGGAUGGGUAGGUAGGGUAAGGUGGGAUGUGUAAGUACAUGAGGUAGGAUUGGUCGGUAAAGUGGAAAGAAAGAAAGGAAAUAGAUGAAGAUAGAAAAAGGAAGUUCUGUAAGUAAGAAUGCUCACAACACAGUGGAGUGCUAUAGGUGGCAUGUUUAUUAGCAGAUUGAGACUAAGCAGUAUUGAUUUAACUUUCUCUCUGGUAGUCUGUGUGUGUGUGUGUGUGUGUGUGGUGCUACCACCAGACCACACACACCACGUGUUUGCCCUAAGUUCCCUUUACUAGCUCAUGUUACAUAAAUACAGUUCCACAAACUCCAGCGACGUCACACUGACCUGUUUAAAAGUUUAACAUUAUAACACAGUGACACCAGCAUCCUGUCACAGAUAACCUACACUUUACUGAGUCAAUUCACAAGACCGGUGCUGUACUUUCUGAUUCUCUCUGCAUCUUUCGCUCUUUCGCACUCACAUCACUGCUGCAACAGGAAGAAAGACAGGAAGCAGUGUGGCAAGACGGUUGUACUGUUUGCUUAACUCUGACACGUGUUCAGGAGCACAACACGAAGAACACGUGAAGUCGGCGGUUAUUACUACUACUUUAAGAUUUCAUGCUAGCUGCUGACCUGACCAUCUUCUCAUGUUCAGGGUAGAGUGUGUGUGUGUGUGUGAGCAGUCCGUCAUCACGUUGUGUCCAUGACGAAAGCGACCGUCACCAAACUUUCCGUACUCAUCUUCCUCGCUUUCAUUGUGAGCCUACCAGAGUUCUUCCCCUCAGAAGUGUUACAGGUCCAGUUUCUUUGUGCACCUUUUGACCCUUGUGACCCUAACCGAGGGCCUGACCAUUAUGACGGACAGGUCUAUGAGAUAUAUGACAACGCAGCUAUCACUCAGCCCCAGUGUGAGGUAAAAAACACAACCAAUCAGGACGAAGCAGUAAAGGAGUGGUUUGUGUGCGAGACUCCUGCUGACCUGUGGAGUCUCGGUGACUACGCCUCGAUCUCAGAAACAGACAUGGAGGUGAUCGUUACACUACGGAUCACAGCUCCUGAUCUUCUGCAGAAUGUGACUUUAAAUGGACAUUGUAACCACAGUGGACUUCACAUUGAAAUCCAACGCAACAUCACACUGUUGGGCUGCUGCCUCCAGAACGACGGCGCACAUCGAAAAAAAGACAAGACGCCACGAUCCAGCAGCUCAAAACAAAACUCAGUGCCUCACAAAGCAAACACCUCAGAACCAGGCAUCUUCUCAGCGGGAUCACCUGACCUAACAUCUUCUGAAGGAAAAAACUCCAGUCCUAAUCCCACGCAACACUCGAACAGAAGCCGUUGCCUUUUUCACUUCAAGGACAUUGAAAGGAUGUCUUCGAAAACAGCGAGGCGCUGGAGUGUCUGUACCAUUGUGUGGUUGGUUCUAGUGCUAAUGGUGGUCAUAUUGGUCCUUCUGGGAGUCAGGGAUCAGGUCUUUAAGAACAGAUGCUGCAACAAAAAAAAGGUGAUACCGGUUCUACGACCUGCCGAUCAGCCAAAGACGUUUUCCAAACGCAGAGUAAAAUCUUUAGGUGAUUUGCCUGAUGAUGUAUCAGCGUUAAGUAUAGAAGAUAAAGAACUGUUCUUGGAGAAGACGCCAUCAGAUUACUCAAGAGGUCAUGUAACAUCUCAUCAAAAAAGAGUCUCUUUGGCUUCCACCAAAACGUUUCUUCAGGUCUUUCAAGAAUCAUACAGGAGAGGCCUCUCUCCAAUUCCGGAGCUAUCUCUGACAGAUGUUUCACUGGGAGAAAAUGAAGAUGAAUAUGAUGAAGAAGCGAGGUCUGAUGGUGGGAUAACAGAAGAAGAGUGCGAGGUGUGUCUGGACAUCCCCCUAACACCAGCAAGCACACACUCCGAGAACUUCACUUUCCUGCAUCAUCGUAGCCAUCCAUCUGUGGAAAACUGCCAUUAGUCAAAACGUCCAAGAGGAAGGGAUUAUAAAAAGAUGUCCAACACUUUAAUUCCAGUGCUAUUUUUUAACACACAUCACAUUAACUUCCCCUCACGGCUUAUCCUCAGACAUACGAGGACAUUAGAGGGCUCAUUAGGUGAUGAUGUUUGUUAUGAAGAUAUACAGUAUCACGGUCUUCGUAUUUGCUGGAAGGUCAAUGCAAGUCUAUAGAGAGACGAUAAGAUGAGCUGUAACUUGCUAUAUGUUUAACGUAUUCACACGUCAUUAUAAGCACACGUGCACAGCUAAUUCCAGCUAAUCAGUGAGACAAGAAAAAUAACCAGAAUUCUUUGAGUAACACAUUAAGUAAGUAAAUAACAAGCCUGCAAAUCAGAAUGACAUAAAAGGAAUUCAAGUUUAACAUACAGAUUCUGUUACAAUUAUUGUAGUUUGUCUUUGUUUACCUGGCCAGGGACUACAGGUGGAAAUUAGCUACUAGUUAAAAUUUUGUCCCUGACAAAUGAACUAAAAGAACAGAUUCAGCACUGAUCAAGUAACACGAUGCUAGUUAAAGCUAAACUAAUCUUAUACAACUAGGCUGUACUACAUACCAAACAAAUUUAGCCGGAGAUACUCAGUCGCAAAGCCACGAAUUGAACAUUAGCAUAAGAACUGAGGUUCAGUCAGGGAGAAGCUAAACAGUAAUAAACAUGCUCACCUCAACAGCUACCUAUAAAGUCUCUCAAAUGAAAACACACGUCUUGUCAGGGCUUCACAUUUGAAAAGUGGAGUUAAUAUCUCACAUGGCCUCAGUAACACUUUAUGAGAACUGUGCAGUAAGUCUGGCUAACUAGCAAGAAUGUUAGCUAGUCCGUUUGCUAAUUUAGUGUGCUUAGUAGCUAGCAUUCAUUAGCUGGCUUUUUAACUAGCAAGCAGAUUAAGCAAUGAAGUUUGUAUAGAUGCAAAAAAAUUUUUGUAUAGCUACUAAAAUCCAGUCCAGUAAGAUUUGUAAUAUAUUAGCUUGUGUGUAGAAUUUAAAAAUUGUAUUUACCAUAUGUUGAAUUUAUCGAAGUACAAUAAGCGAUUGACUCUCACAUGCUGGAAUGAUAAAUCUUAGAAUCAGUCAAAUUACAUUUGUUAUUAGUAAAAAUUUAAGUCGCAUCUUAAUGUUUUUCCCCCUUAAAUUUGUAAUUAAUGUAAAUAAUGUAAGUAUGAAACGUAAGGAUGAGGAAAUUGUUUCAAAAGUUGGAUAGAAAGUGACACAAAUUGACUUCAUGUUUGUCAAACUGUUAAAAAUGAUUCCUUAUUAUUUUGGUUAAAAUAAAUAAAUAAAUAAAUAAAUAAAUAAGUGAAGUUCAGUACAUGGUUGUUUAUAUUUCUAAACAAUUUCAUCUGCCAUUUUUUGUGUUACAAAAGGAACUUAAAGAUGUGUUUCAACUCUUACCCAGACGAUCUCAACACGUGUUUAUCAUCUGUACCUUGAUACCAU